AUGAAAGAGCAAGGACCUCAGCAGCCUGAAUCUCCUGCCAGACGGCAGCAGCUUAAAUACCCGGUGUCCUGGGUGUGUACAGUCCUGCAGGAUGCUGCGUGCCCUCCUGAGACAGCAAGUGCUGUACAGGUCCUUCAGGGAGGGAAGAGGAUGUCCAAUGAUGCUUUGGCCCAUAUUAACCCUCUGAAGUGCCUUUUUGUGUGCUGUGCCCUGACAGUCCUUCUACUGAGCUAUUUCCUUUCCUCUAACAUUUUUAGCACCCAAAAGGAUGGAAAGGAGCCUCCUGGACCCACACCACUUCCUGUAAUUGGGACUCUGCAACAGCUGGACCUAAAUACACUACACAUCAAGUUACUGGAGUUAUCCAAGAAAUAUGGAUCAAUUUUCACCAUCUAUCUGGGAACCAAAAAAGUAGUGUUCCUGUUAGGAUACAACACAGUAAAGGAGGCACUUGUUGACUAUGCUGAAGCGUUUGGAGAAAGGGAUCCGAUACCAAUUAUGGAUGAGCUAUUUCGAGGACAGGGUAUUGUAUGGGCUAAUGGUGAAUCAUGGAAAAAGAUGAGGCAGUUUAUGAUGAUGAAUCUGAAGGACUUUGGAAUGGGAAAGAAAGAGGACAAAAUCAUCGAGGAGUGUCAUUACCUUUUGGAAGCUUUUAAACCCUUCAAAGGAAAGGCAUUUGAUGUUAACCAAUUAUUAAGCAACGCAACUGCAAAUGUUAUCUGCUCCUUGAUCUAUGGCAACAGAUUUGAUUACAAUGACCCCGAGUUUACAUCUUUGGUAUAUCGUACAUGCAGAAACAUGAAACUUUUGAGUACCCCAUCUGUCCAGCUUUAUAACAUGUUCCCGUGGAUUGGCAAAUGGUUCUCUUACCCAAAUGAAUUCAAAAAAGCAUUUGCAGCCAACAGGGAACAACAGAUGAAAUUAGUGAGUCAUUUGAAAGAAACUCUCAAUCCAAAGAUGUGCAGAGGCUUUGUGGAUGCCUUUCUGAUUCACCAAGACAAUUUGGAGAAAUCUGGAAUUACCACCAGUCAUUUCCACAAUGAAAACCUCCUGAUGACAAUAAUCAGUUUAUUUGUUGGUGGCACUGAAACAUUAUCACGCACAAUCACAUGGGGACUUUUUCUUAUGGCCAAGUAUCCAAAGAUACAGGAGAAGGUCCGGGAGGAGCUAAGCAGAGUAAUGGGAGAUCAUCAGGUCCAGUUUAAAGACAGGACAGAGCUGCCUUUCACCAAUGCUGUCAUCCAUGAGACACAGAGGCUAACAGCUAUUGCUGCCCUGGGGCUUCCUCACAGAACUUCACAGGACAUUACCUUUAGGGGUCACUUCAUUAAGAAGGGGACAGCUGUGUAUCCUUUCCUAUUGUCUGUUCUGUCUGAUGAGAGUGAAUGGGAGAAACCGUACACUCUUUAUCCGGAACACUUCCUGGACAAAGAUGGAAAGUUUAUCCAGCGUGAUGCCUUCAUGGUUUUUUCUGCAGGUCGCAGGGUUUGUCCCGGAGCAAGGCUGGCCAGGACGGAACUCUUCAUCUUCUUCACCUUCCUUCUGCAGCACUUCCGAAUUACUCUGCCACCUGGGGUUUCAGAGGAUGAACUGUAUCUAUCAGCAUCCGAUAGCCUGAUCCAUAACCAUUCAAAUGUUAAACUGUGUGCUGUCCCCUUGUGA